GGAGGCUUCCCCUCUGGGUGGAGGGAAUCGAUUCCAGCCCCUUCUCUUGCCAGUGUAGCCGCGACGCUCCUGUCAGGCGGUUCGGUCCCUCUUGUUAUCCUCGCCCUUUUCUCUCUCCCCUCUCUCCGCCCCGCCGCCUCUCUGUGAUGCCGCUCUUCCCCGGCCUGGGGGCUCCGUGAUGGGGCUGGGCGGCCUCUGUCCCGCUGGCUUCGUCGCCGCUCGUUGUCCCCCGCCAGGCUGCUGAUUUGACGGCGGCGCCGGUGUCGCCUCCGCCCUUGACUGCACUGAGAUAACUCCAGGAAAGAAAAAGCUGUGGAAGUUCUUCGCUCAUAAUUUCUGGAGUACACACAAGAGAACUGCAAAAUGUCAGGCGCUUCAGUCAAGGUGGCUGUCCGGGUCAGACCCUUUAAUUCCCGAGAGACCAGCAAAGAGUCCAAAUGCAUCAUACAAAUGCAAGGCAACUCAACCAGUAUUCUCAACCCUAAGAAUCCCAAGGAAGCACCCAAAUCCUUCAGCUUUGACUACUCCUACUGGUCUCACACAUCGCCUGAUGAUCCUUGCUUCGCAUCUCAGAAUCGUGUGUACAAUGAUAUUGGGAAGGAGAUGUUGCUGCACGCCUUCGAGGGCUACAAUGUCUGUAUCUUUGCCUAUGGCCAAACUGGAGCUGGGAAGUCCUACACGAUGAUGGGGAAGCAGGAGGAGAAUCAGGCAGGGAUCAUACCACAGCUCUGCGAAGAGCUGUUUGAGAAGAUCAAUGACAACAGCAAUGAGGAAAUAUCUUACUCUGUGGAGGUCAGUUACAUGGAGAUCUACUGUGAGAGAGUCCGUGAUCUGCUGAACCCCAAGAACAAGGGGAAUCUGCGUGUCCGGGAGCAUCCUCUGCUUGGGCCGUACGUGGAAGACCUGUCAAAACUUGCUGUCACUUCUUACACUGAUAUUGCGGACCUCAUGGAUGCUGGGAACAAAGCUAGGACGGUGGCAGCUACCAACAUGAAUGAAACCAGCAGCCGUUCCCAUGCAGUCUUCACUAUUGUUUUCACGCAGAAGAAGCAUGACCUUGAAACUGAUCUUUCCACUGAGAAGGUUAGCAAAAUUAGCCUCGUGGAUCUUGCUGGGAGUGAGAGGGCAGACUCCACUGGUGCCAAAGGGACCCGAUUAAAGGAGGGAGCAAAUAUCAACAAGUCUCUCACCACCUUGGGAAAAGUCAUUUCAGCCUUAGCAGAAGUGGAUAACUGCACCAGCAAGAGUAAGAAGAAAAAGAAGACUGAUUUUAUUCCAUACAGGGAUUCUGUGCUGACGUGGCUGCUUCGGGAAAACCUAGGUGGCAACUCAAGAACAGCCAUGGUGGCUGCUCUGAGCCCAGCAGACAUAAACUACGAUGAAACACUAAGCACUUUAAGAUACGCUGAUCGGGCAAAGCAGAUCAAAUGCAAUGCUGUUAUCAAUGAGGAUCCCAACGCCAAGCUGGUGCGGGAGUUGAAGGAGGAAGUGACACGGCUCAAGGACCUCCUCCGUGCUCAAGGGCUCGGAGACAUUAUUGACAUUGAUGCAUUGGACGAUUUCUCUGGAAGUGGAGGCAAAUAUCUGAAAGAUUUUCAGAACAAUAAACACAGAUACUUGCUAGCAUCAGAGAAUCAACGUCCUGGCCAUUUUUCCACAGCAUCCAUGGGCUCCCUCACUGCAUCCCCAUCUUCCUGCUCUCUCAGCAGUCAGGUGGGCUUAACGUCAGUCUCCAGUAUCCAAGAACGGAUCAUGUCUACGCCUGGAGGAGAGGAAGCCAUUGAACGUUUGAAGGAAUCUGAGAAGAUCAUUGCAGAGCUGAAUGAGACAUGGGAGGAGAAACUGCGGAAGACAGAGGCGAUUAGGAUGGAGAGAGAGGCUUUGCUGGCUGAGAUGGGAGUCGCCAUUCGAGAAGAUGGAGGAACCCUUGGUGUUUUCUCACCUAAAAAGACACCUCACCUUGUCAACCUCAACGAAGAUCCCCUCAUGUCAGAGUGCCUACUUUACUACAUCAAAGAUGGCAUAACCAGGGUUGGCCAGGCAGAUGCUGAACGGCGUCAAGACAUCGUUCUCAGUGGGGCUCACAUCAAAGAGGAGCAUUGUAUUUUCCGGAGCGAGAGAAACCAUAAUGGUGAUGUGAUUGUUACCCUGGAACCUGGUGAACGGUCUGAAACCUAUGUCAACGGCAAGAGAGUUGUGCAUCCUGUCCAGCUGCGCUCAGGAAAUCGUAUUAUUAUGGGCAAAAACCACGUGUUCCGCUUCAACCAUCCUGAGCAAGCACGGGCUGAAAGGGAAAAGACUCCAUCAGCAGAGACUCCCUCAGAACCAGUAGAUUGGACUUUUGCUCAAAGGGAAUUGCUGGAGAAACAAGGAAUUGAUAUGAAACAGGAGAUGGAGAAAAGACUUCAAGAAAUGGAGAUUCUGUACAAGAAGGAAAAAGAGGAAGCAGAUCUCUUGUUGGAGCAGCAGAGGCUGGACUAUGAGAGUAAGCUCCAGGCCUUACAGAAGCAGGUGGAGACCCGGUCAUUGGCUGCCGAGACCACAGAGGAGGAGGAGGAAGAGGAGGAGGAGGUACCCUGGACUCAGCACGAGUAUGAAUUAGCCCAAUGGGCUUUCCGGAAGUGGAAGUUCCAUCAGUUUACUUCCUUAAGAGAUCAGCUGUGGGGGAACGCAGUCUAUUUGAAAGAAGGCAAUGCAAUCAGCGUUGAGCUGAAAAAGAAGGUACAGUUCCAGUUUGUCCUCCUGACUGACACGCUCUACUCCCCAUUGCCACCUGAAUUGCUGCCGCCUGAGUCGGAGAAGACCUGGGACAACCGCCCUUUCCCUCGGACAGUGGUGGCUGUGGAAGUCCAGGAUCUGAAGAAUGGUGCAACUCAUUAUUGGUCCCUGGAAAAACUCAAGCAGAGACUGGAGCUGAUGCGAGAGAUGUACGACCGAGCAGGAGAAAUGGCCUCCAACACACAGGAGGAUAGUGAGAGCACCAUGACUGGGAGCGACCCUUUCUACGAUCGAUUCCAUUGGUUCAAACUUGUUGGGAGUGUUCCGUCCACCAAUAUAUCUAGCUCCCCCAUUUUCCACGGCUGCGUGAACGAGCGCCUGGCUGAUCGCACGCCCUCCCCCACUUUCUCCACGGCCGACUCCGACAUCACCGAGCUGGCCGACGAGCAGCAGGACGAGAUGGAGGACUUUGACGAUGAGGCCUUUGUGGACGAUACGGGCUCUGAUGCAGGGACUGAGGAGGGAUCGGACCUCUUCAAUGAUGGGCAUGACCCGUUUUACGACCGCUCCCCCUGGUUCAUUUUAGUGGGAAGGGCCUUUGUCUACUUGAGCAAUCUUCUCUACCCAGUCCCACUCAUCCACAGAGUGGCCGUGGUCAGUGAGAAAGGGGAAGUGCGUGGAUUCCUGCGUGUGGCAGUCCAAGCUAUAGCUGCUGACGAAGAAGCCCCUGACUAUGGAUCUGGUGUUCGGCAGUCGGGCACCGCUAAAAUCUCAUUUGAUAAUGAGUAUUUUAACAAGAGCAACUUUACGUCGGUUGCGAUGACCCGUUCUGGGUUGUCCUUGGAGGAACUGCGAAUUGUAGAAGGUCAGGGCCAGAGUUCAGAGGUCAUCACACCUCCUGAGGAAAUCAACAGAAUGAAUGACAUGGACCUGAAGUCUGGCUCGUUGCUGGAUGGCAAGAUGGCCAUGGAAGGCUUUACCGAAGAAGUUGGCGACCACCUAAAACUGGGAAGCGUCUUUACUUUCCGGGUGACAGUGCUGCAAGCCAGCGGCAUCCUCCCGGAAUAUGCAGACAUCUUCUGCCAAUUCAACUUUCUGCAUCGACAUGAUGAAGCAUUCUCUACUGAACCUCUCAAAAACAAUGGCCGAGGGGCGCCUCUUGGUUUUUAUCACGUCCAGAACAUUUCUGUGGAAGUGACAGAAUCCUUUGUAGAAUACAUCAAGACGAAGCCUAUAGUAUUUGAAGUCUUUGGACAUUAUCAGCAACAUCCGCUCCAUCUUCAGGGACAGGAUCUCAACAGCCCCCGACAGCCAUCCCGCCGAUACUUCCCUCCCCCCAUGCCUCUCUCAAAACCAGUCCCAGCUACCAAGCUCAACACAGUGAGUAAGCCCAACUUGGGACAGAGCGUGACCAAAUAUGACCUCCUUGUCUGGUUUGAGAUCAGCGAGUUGGAGCCGACUGGAGAAUACAUUCCUGCUAUUGUUGAUCACACUGGAGGUCUACCUUGCCAGGGGACGUUUUUGCUUCACCAGGGAAUCCAGCGCCGGAUCACAGUCACCAUCAUCCACGAGAAAGGAAACGAGCUACACUGGAAGGACGUGCGAGAGCUGGUGGUUGGGCGCAUCAGAAACAAAGCCGAAGUAGAUGAAGCUGCAGUGGAUGCGAUCCUGUCUCUGAAUAUCAUCUCUGCAAAAUACCUGAGAACUUCCCACAGCUCUAACAGGACUUUCUACCGUUUUGAGGCAGUCUGGGACAGUUCCCUCCAUAAUUCCCUCCUUUUGAACCGGGUGACCCCCUAUGGGGAGAAGAUCUACAUGACCCUCUCAGCUUACCUGGAGCUGGACCACUGCAUCCAGCCAGCUGUCAUCACCAAGGAUGUCUGCAUGGUUUUCUACUCUCGAGAUGCCAAGAUUUCACCCCCUCGCUCACUGCGCAGUCUCUUUGGCAGUGGCUAUUCCAAAUCUCCAGAUUCCAAUCGAGUCACUGGGAUCUAUGAGCUGAGCUUAUGCAAGAUGGCAGACACAGGAAGCCCAGGGAUGCAGAGGAGGAGGAGGAAAGUCCUGGACACUUCUGUGGCCUAUGUCCGUGGAGAAGAGAACCUGGCCGGGUGGAGGCCCCGUGGAGACAGCCUCAUCUUGGAGCACCAGUGGGAGCUGGAGAAGCUGGAGCUGUUGCACGAGGUCGAGAAGACUCGCCACUUCUUGCUGCUGCGGGAGAAGCUGGGUGACAGCAUCCCCAAGUCCCUGAGCGACUCGCUGUCCCCCAGCCUCAGCAGCGGGACCCUCAGCACCUCCACCAGCAUCUCCUCCCAGAUCUCCUCCACCACCUUUGAGAGUGCUGUCACGCCCAGUGAGAGCAGCGGCUACGACUCAGCAGACAUUGAGAGCCUGGUGGAUCGGGAGAAGGAGCUGGCCACCAAGUGCCUGCAGCUUCUUACUCACACUUUCAACCGUGAAUUUAACCAGGUCUACAACAGCAUCAGUGAUUGUAAGCUGUCCGAUAUCUCUCCAAUUGGGCGGGACCCGUCGGUAUCAAGUUUCAGCAGCGCCACCCUCACGCCUUCCUCGACCUGCCCCUCCUUGUCUGAUUCAAGAUGCAACUCAGUGGAUCAAAAGACCCCAGAAGCAAAUUCUCGAGCCUCCAGCCCUGGCCCAGAGGGGGAGCCACCCUUCCAGCUGAUGCCACCCAUUGAAGCUUCUUACCUGGCGAGAGCAGGCAAAAAUGAGUUCCUGAACCUUGUUCCAGAUAUUGAGGAAAUCAGGCCUGGCUCUGUGGUCUCCAAGAAAGGCUACCUGAACUUCAAGGAGCCGCUCUCCCCAUCGUGGGCCAAGCACUUUGUGGUGGUCCGGCGCCCCUACGUCUUCAUUUACAACAGUGACAAGGACCCCAUUGAAAGAGGGAUUCUCAACCUCUCCACGGCUCAGGUGGAGUACAGUGAAGAUCAAGAGGCCAUGGUGAAGACACCCAACACCUUUGCCGUCUGCACAAGGCACCGCGGAGUCCUCCUCCAGGCCAUCAACGACAAAGAUAUGAAUGACUGGCUGUAUGCCUUCAACCCGCUUCUUGCUGGCACGAUACGGUCCAAACUUGCCCGAAGACGCUCAGGACAGCUGAAAUAUUGAGUCUCUGUGGGGUUCUCACCCGGUUCUCCAGCCCAAAUCUCUUAACACGCCUUCUGAUAUAGAUAAAGCGUUACCUCUCAUUUCUCUGUGAUUCUUGAAUUUCUCUCUCUUUCCUUGUAUGCAACCCUGUGGCUUUAACAUUCCUCAUCUCUCUCGCUGUCUCUCCCCACCCCCCAUCCUCCCUUCAGCACUUUCUCCAGCUAUUCUAAACCCCACCACCAUCUUUUUAUCACCCCUCCCCAUGCACAUACCUGUGCUGAAAAUAUUAUUAGUAGCAUGUGGCCAAACUGAAGAAAGUAACAAGGGGGAGGGGAGUGUUGGUGGUGACUUUCCAAUUUAUAUGCACGACUUUUUUGGGCAAAAAAAAGAAGGGACACCCCCUUUUUUGUUUCUCUGGAUGCCCUUUUUCUUCAUUCCAAUUGACUUUGUGCUACUCUCUGUGAUGUGUUUGUCUCUGUCUGGAAUACUUUUCUUUUGUUUUGGAAGUCUCUGCACUGCUGCUGCUUUCAAGGCGAGGUCCUCUGCACAUGGGCGAAUGCAGCUCUUUGUCCACCCCCUGGUCACACCUGGAGUGCGACCAAGAUAUUUCAAAUCUCCUUUUGUGAAAGCAGACUUGCUGGCAAAUUUGGACCACUUUCCCACCCUGCCUACUUUGGCUUUUAAAACCUGCUACUUUUAAUUUUUAGAUUUCAGGGCCGCCUCCCUGCCUCACGGCUCACGAAGUGACCACCACCUUUGCCCAUGUCAUAAAGGGGGAACCUGCUACAGCCAGACAGGGCUGACCCAAGACAUUUUGUCCAUCCCUGCCCCCCAACCAUUCCACAUUCAGAAGCCAACUUGAAUCUUUCUUCAGUGUUGGCAGGAACAGGCCAUUGCAUCUGCUGGCAGCAAGCUAGCUUAGAGGGCAAGUAACAGGCUACAUGGCAAGCGCGCGCACACACACACACACACACACACACACACACAUCUCCGCCACUUCCUGCCCCCAGUUGAUUGCAUCCAAUGUUAGUCCUACUCAGAGUAGACUCACUGAAAUUAAUGGACACAAUUAAUGUAAGUUGAUUUCAAUGGGUCUGCUCUGAAUGGAACUGUACUGCUUACAACUCUCUAGCUUUGGCUGCCUGAGGCAGCUGCCUCGCUCUGCCUAUUGGUUGAGCCGGCCUUUCCAAGCCAUCACUUUUUGGAGUGCACCAGGCUCUGCUUUCUUCCCCUUGGCCUGUGCGUCACUCAAUGCAAGCAAAUGAAUGAAACUGCCUUUCAGAUGCCUUCAGUGCCCAGGUGCAAAAACCGUGCAUUGCACGGGGAGAUUGAGAUUGAUGGUUCCUGCCCUUGUGGUCUUGCUGUGUGCUGAGAUGGGCCCCCAUUGGCCUGAGCACAUGUGUCACAGGCCCAAAGAUAGCUGGCUGAGCUGUGAAAAUCCAGCUUGGCCAAUGCUGGUCCCUUCUGUGCCAGAGUUCUUCAGUAAUGUGAGGCUGGUCCUGUCGUUAGGCAGAGCAAUUUGACCUUCACAGGCAGGUGGUUUUUGGUGGGGAUGGGGCAGUGGCAGUUAGGUUAACACAGAGGACAGAGCUCUGGGUUUGUGCCCAUGUGGGCUGCUCUGCUGCCCUACUUCCCUCAGGCACCAUGAACGACACCUACAAUCCCCAGCUUCUGCACAUAGGAAAUAUGGAGCGAGUUGUCCUUUGCUUCAGGCAGCAGAAUGCUUCCGGCCACCCCCAUUUUCCCAUCUGUCUCUCUCCAGAAGGGUCCAGAAAGGCACAGCUUAGCUGUGCACCAAAUCUCCAAAAGGUUAAACCUUCCCCCACCUCCCACCUUCCACUUUCCUCUUAGUCGGAUCUAUGCAGGAUAUCUCUGAUGGCUCCUUUAAGAACAGGACAAGGGCUUUGAAAAUUGGGAUUCAGUGUGGUCGUAUCCUCUUGGAAGAAGGGUUUUUUUAAACUUUGCAAAAACUUGGCUUUUGUGGGGUAUUGCUUUAAAACCCACCAGCCCCCCCAACAAAUAAGUAAAUAAAUAGACUCUUUUUAAAAACCCAAAUCAUUGCACUUUUUUUUUAGAAAAAAAGUCAAAUCAAGAUAACCUUUGCCAGCCUGGUGCUCUCCGGAUGUUUUGGAUGCCAACUUCUACCAGCUAGCACAGGGCUGAUGGGAGUUAUCCAAAACAUAUGGAGGGCACCAGGUUGGCAAAGGCUGAGAUGUGAGCAAAAGAGCUGUAUUGGGGUCCUUGUGCUUCAGGAAGACGAUUGAAACAAAACAAGCUCCCUACACCUCUGCUUUCUGCUGUAUACAAAACAUAUAAUCUGAACUAACAAACCUGUUUACAUGCUUUCCCUUUUUAAUCAUUUUGUGUGUCUGAGUAGGAGAGGUUUUUAAUUUAGGAACAAAUGUCCCACUCUGGAACUCUUCCCUUCACUCUGAAGAUUGUAAACAUUUUGGGCAAUUCGGUAGCCAAGGUAGGUUCACUUUAUGCUGGCAUGAAGCAGUCAGUCUCACCUACGUAUACUGGGUUCUAGGUCUCCCUACAUAAAUGCUCUUGUUCUAGAUGUCUCUUAGCUCUAGUUUUGUGGGAACACCGGGUGAGAUUUUUAACUAGUGUUUGGGGCUGUGCCACUUGAGAUCACAAGCUGGGGCCCUGCACAAAUAGAUGCUUGUGCCUAUCAAAAUAGUUCCCUGAACAUAGAAAACCAGAAUAUUCUAACCCUUUUCCCUGACAUGCUAGCUUUUGGCAUGCUUAGAAUUAUUUUACAUGGAGGAGCAUUCCAUCAUGCAGGCCUGUGUCUGAAGUCUGGAGCUGUGCAGGCAGACCUCAUGCUCUGUAUGUAAGAACCACAAUCAAGCCCUUCUUGAGCUCCCUGCUAAGAUUCUAAGUUUCUCUUUCUUGUGAGGUGAACUUGUGUUGUUAGGAUGAUUUUUCUUCAGUGGGGCCAUCUUUGCCCUCCUCUUUCUCCUUUCCAAGCUGGCUUUUACUCCUGUGGCUCACUGUGAUCAAGGAGGUGAUUUAAAGAGCAAUUUCAACCUUGUGGUUCAGAGGAACCAAAUUUGCAUGUUGGCAUUUUUUUAUGCAGCUUAUAAAAGCCAUCUAGUUGGGGGUCAGCUCAGGGAGGAAGUUUACCUACAAACCACAGUACUGAACAGAGACAUGCAUGCUUUAAGCACCAUAGGAUUUUUUUUCAUCAACAGAGCAACCUUGCUGCAUUAUUUUUGGGGGGUGGGGGAGAAAAUGUUUUGGCUCUGCCAUGUGACAUCAGGGAGUGCGCAGUGGUGCAGCGCCAGGACAGAAGGGGCUCUCUUUAACAUUACCCUCCUCUCUUUCUCUCUCUCAUAUAACUAAGUGCUCAGGUUGGAACUCCUCCUGACACUUUCUGUGGGUCUUGUGUACAACCUCUGUGCAGGGAAAAAAGGGACCAUCCUUGGAGGCCCAGAUCAUGGCAUGGGGUCUGUUUGUUCAAUGUACUCUGAUUGUGUAAGUCUCAGCAUAGUGAUUAACGUUCCUUAUACAACGGACACACUCCUCACUGCCAACGUGUGUGCGCAUCGAUCGAGGCUGCUGGUUCAGGAGCUAAGCCGAUUCUGUGAUGGUUUUAAUGAUGGACUUAAAAGGUUUUAUGUGGGGUGCUAAGUUGCCGUAUCUGCUGCCUCUGACCAGUAACAAAAGUGGGGCGAACUGUGUGGAACCAGGAAACACCCCCCGGGAGGACAUUUCCUGGAAAUAUUAUGUGUACACUAAGAUAACUUUUUAAUGUAUUUGUUUUAUUGUUUAAACUCGGAACAAAACUAGCCUGCAAAGUCUUUGCUUUUGGAAGGAGGCCACUAUGGGUGGACUAUAAAUACAGGGGUUAUAUAUAAGCAUUAAGGGGCUCUUCUUAAGCAGGAAGAGCAAGUGGAUGCUAGUGGAAACCAGGUGUGUCAUAGCAUACUCAUAAGCUGGGAAUUGUAGUGUCUUAUGUAAAGGUCAUAUGUCUACUAGGUCAGCUUAGGUUGGUUUAUAUAUGUAGCUCAGGUCGGCAAGAGGGCAAACAUCCAUUCUAAGCCACUGCUGCAUUGGCCAUUACAAGAGCAGAGCUAUAAUCUGCUUUGGAAACAAAAUCACACAAAAUUGUUAUUUUUUCUUUUCACAGCCAGUCCCUGGUCAGGCACUGUGAGCAUUCCCUUGCCCAUUAUAAAAUAGUUCCUCUUGGCCAGAUGUCCCCCAAGCAAACAGAAAUGAAAUGUUUCCCCUUGCAUCUUAAAUUUGGUCCCAAGUUUUCCAAAUUCCAGGAAAGAAUGUGAACUAUGGCGAAAGGAGAGGGUGAGAAUCCAACCAGAGAGGUGCCAAAGCUCUGUUCACUGUCCCAGUCCUAGAGUCAGCCAGCUCUUAGGACCCGCCUACCUUCUGGAGGCUCUGCCCCAUGCCAUGGGCCAGCCAACCCACAGAGCAUGGGGCUGCAAACAUAGAACAAGCUUUGAGAUCACCUUUUGCACCUCCUAGUGGGAUUUCCACUUUUCUCAGUCAAAUAAACAUUUUUUCCCCUAAUGAAAGCAAAAAACUGACCACACUGGGAGCCGUAAUGUUAGAACUUGAAAGUCAUAUAUAUAUAUAUAUUAGUUGAAUCAUAACCUUCUGAACCUUUUAAUAUGGGUUUUCGUUUGAAGCAAUGCACUUUAACCUUUUAGGCCAGUGUCCCCAUUCAGGAUGUUACGGAAGGGGGAUGGGGUGUCAGGCUCCAAACCUGUGGGAAGGUUUCUCCAAACACCCCUCCCACAAAUCCCCCUGAGGGCAUUUCAAAGCAAAGACUUUAUUCGCUGCUGCUUUACUGUCUAAUAAUUUACAGGGAAUAUUUAAUUUGUUUUUGUUUUUAAAGUAUAUAUAAAGUAAUGUGUAUUUAUGCAUCUGUAGUUUAUUGCACACUAAAAGCAGGACAUCCUCUGGGCUGAUCUGCCCCUUGGCAUGUUCUGCUGUCACUUAAUACUGUCUAUUACUGCCUAUGCAUCAAGUGGUACAGUCCUCCUCUGCAUUAACAGCUGGCUGGAUUUUUGUCAUUCUCUUGGUUUUGUUUCUUUUUAACAUGCUGCUUUAAAAGAACGGGAAUAAAACUAAUUUUUUUGCUGCUCUGGGUUUUUUUGUGUGAAUGUAUGUGAAACUGGACUUCACCUCGUGCAUGUGGGUAUCGCAUUACUCCACGAUGGCUCACUUCACCUUCACCCUCGCCCUCCUGCCCAUGUCCACGGACCCGUCAGUCCUUCUGACGUCACAGGAAUGUAUCCAGAUUUGUGCUUCCUUAUACUAGACUAGAAAAAUCAGCCAUUGGUGGGGGGUGCGGCAGAAGCAGAUGUUUAAUUUCUUUGGUUCAGGAGGCCAUUUGCGAGUUUGAAGUGCAGCCACUGAUGAUCAGUCUGAUAAUACUUGAAAGAAGUCUUGUGGUUGUGCUGGUGUUCGUUUUAAAGCCUGUACCCUUUUUUGUUGUUGUUGAGCAAGAGGGACAGCCCCUGUCUCUUGGAGAAAGGGGAGCAGUUCUGCCUUCUAUAUGACUGACUCGUUUUCCUCAUCCAGGGAGGCUCUGAGUGACGUCUGCUAAAGCUAGAAAAGAUUACAUGUGCUCAUCCCACCCAGAACAGUUCUUGUGUGUUGUUUUUCUUCCCCCUAUUUAUUGACAACCUAAAUUCCAUGUGCUUUCCGCAUACACGUCUUUCUCAUUGGGCAUUUGUAUGUUUAAGUGGUUCCUUCUUCCCGAUGCCCACGGACAAACAUGCGCCUCGUCAACACAGACCACCCCUCCACCAAACACAGUCACCUGCACAACAUAGGUGGCUUUCUGGAACCGAUCCCUUACCCCUUCUCUUUCAUUUUUUAAAUUAAAAAUCAGUCUUUCCCUGGUUGAAAGGAAUACAUUCACAACACUGUACUUUUUUUUAUUAACUGACUUCGUUUUGUCUUUUUCUGUUCCUUCCCGUGUUUUAUUUUGUAAAUAUAUCUGAUGUUCGGAGCUUGGGUAUACAAAAUGUAAAUAUAGUUCAUGUAUUUGUACUAAUUCUGAUCCAUCUUGCUGUAUAGCCUUUAGGUGUGCAAUGCAGAUAACAAUAUCUAACUCCGUGUAUGGUAACCUUGCACCACUGAACUGUUAGUGAACGAGGUGAAAAAAAAUAAAGAUUAAAAAGCCAGUGGAUUAAACGAA